AUUAAAAAUUCAAAAAUCUUCCCAAACCACUUUCCUUUCUAUCUUUCUCCUCUGUCUUCUGCAGACACCUCUGAGCCCUACUUUCGCAUCGCCACCGGCGAAGUCGGCAGCGCCACCGACUCGAGGCCAACAUAGCGAGCGUUGGUCCAAGUCAUUUCCACUUCGGGUUCGCUCUUCUUUCUCAACCCCUGGCCACCAUGAGUUCCUCAGCCUCCGACGCCGACCAUCUCCCGAAGCUCCCUGACGACGUCGUCGUCGACCAUAUUCUGAAGCGAUUGCCGGUGAGAUCUCUCCUCCGAUUCAGGUGUGUUUGCCGGUCGUGGCGAUCCACCAUCGACGGCCCUCGUUUCGUGGCCCUCCACCUGAACCACUCCGCUCUCCAUGCCGGUAAUUGGCAUCUCGCGUAUCUAGAUUGGGACGAUCUUGACCACAGACUGUGCUCUCUGCUCUCCGAAAGCACAAGGCGGUUCCACGAUUCGGUCCGGCGAAAAAUUUCUUUCCAUGGAGAAAACUAUGGAAGGUCUAGGGUUUGGCUUUGACGCUAGGUCUAAUGCCUACAAGAUUGUGAGGAUUCUCCAAGAUGAUAAUCGUAAAGGCUUAGAGACUCGAGUCCAGAUUUAUACACUCAGUACAGAUUCCUGGAGAAGUUUGGAGUGUGAGGUUCCUGCUUUAUGCAACCCCAUACCCGCGGUCUUCUUGAAUGGGAAUCUGCACUGGUUUGUUUCCAAGCACACUGAGGGUUACGGAUCAGUACUCUUAUUCAAUGUCGCCAGUGAGGUGUUUGAUGAAAUGGUUCCAUCGGAAGAGUUUUUGCAUGUCCUUAGUGUCAGUUCAGAAGCGGUUUUGUCAGUAUUGAAUGACUUGCUGGCCGUGUGCACUAUCCGUGGGGAGGCAGUUGGGCAUCCUAAACCACUUUCCGUUUGUUCCAUUUGGGUUAUGAGGGAGUACGGCGUGCCUGAGUCUUGGACUGAGCUGUAUUCUUUUGAGUAUAGUGGACGAGUAUCCGGAGUUGAUGGCUUCACGAGGGAUGGCGAGCUUCUGAUGUUAACAGCUGAUAAGGGACAAGUUUCCUGGAAUCCGAUCACAGGACAAUUCGCAAUUCUUUCCCUACCAAGGUGUUGCGAUUGGGUCACUGUUGUAGAGAGCCUUGUUUCACUUUAGAGAUGAGUUAGUUGCUGCUACAUUUACUCAUAUGAUAAAUUGAUUCUGCCUGUUGGAGAGUUGAUAGAGACACCUUGGUAGGGAAAGAAUUGCGAAUUGUUCUGUGAUCAGGGAAAGAAUUGCGAAUUGUUCUGUGAUCGGAUUUCAGGAACUGCUGUUAACAGAAGCUCGCCAUUCCUCGUGAAGCCAUCAACUCCGGAUACUUGUCCACUAUACCCAAAUCACUUUCCUUUCUAUCCUUCUCCUCUUUCGUCUGCAAACACCUUUGAGCCCUACUUUCGCAUCUCCUCCCACUCGCCACCGGUGAAGUCAGCAGCACCACCGAAUCGAGGCCAACAUAGUCAUUUCCACUUCAGGCCGGUCUUCUUUCUCAACCCCUGGCCACUAUGAGUUCCUCCGCCUCUGACGACGACAACCACCUCCCUAAGCUCCCUGAGGUCGUCGUCGUUGACCAGAUCCUGAACUGAUUGCCGGUGAGAUCUCUCCUCCGAUUCAGGUGCGUCUGCCAGUCAUGGCGAUCCACCAUCGACGGCCCUUGUUUCGUGGACCUCCACCCGAGCCACUCCACUCUUGACACCUCCAAUCGGUAUCUCGUGUAUCUAGAUUGGUGCGAUCCUCUCCGGAGCCUGUUCUCUCUGUACUCGGGUGUGUCUCUUACUCCGCUUCCAAGUCGCAUAUCGAAAUUCCGUUUGCUGCUCCUCCCAACUGUUACGGCUUCGUUGGUUCGUGUAAUGGUUUGAUCUGCGUCACGGAAAGUUCCAGAAAUGGGUAUCACCGGUCGAUGUUUCUGUGGAAUAUGUUCACCAGAAAGCACAAGGCUGUUCCACGAUCCAAUGUGGAGAAAAAAUUUCUUAUCUUGGAGAUUCCUCGUAUAGCUGAAGGGUUUGGCUUCGGCGCAAGGUCUAAUGACUAUAAGAUUGUGAGGAUUUAUCCAUGUUAUCGUCGUGGGACAAAGCCUCAAGUCAAGAUUUAUUCCCUUAGUACAGAUUCUUGGAGAAGUUUGGAUUGUGAAAUUCCUACUUUAAGUGGCUCUAGACCCACAGUCUUCUUGAAUGGGAAUCUGCAUUGGUUUGCUUCCAAGUCCCGUUAUCAGUGGGAUGAGGUUGGAUACCAACAGAUAGUCUCCUUCGAUGUCACAGGUGAGGUGUUUUAUAAAAUGGCUCUUCCGGAAGAGAUUUCUCAUGUUGACAGUGUUGAUUUAGUGUCUCUGGCAGUAUUGAAUGACUUGCUGGCUGUGCUCAUUAGUUGUUGUGCCGAGCGAAGUGGGUGUCCUGAACAGCAUUCCGUUUGUUCUGUUUGGGUUAUGAGAGACUACGAGAUGCCUGAGUCUUGGACUAAGUUGUAUACUUUUGAGGCUAGUGGACUGGUAACAGGAUUCGAUGACUUCACCUUGAAUGGUGAGCUUCUGAUGAAGAUACAUGGUGGAAAACGAGUUUGUCGGAAUUUGAUCACUGGUCAUGAAGCAAAUCUUCAAUCAUCGAUGGCAUGCGAUUUGGUCACUGUCGUAGAGAGCCUCGUUUCAGUUUAGAUAUGUCUCGGUUGCUGCUACAUUAUUGGUAUGAAAGAUUGAUUGUACAAAUCGAAAGUUACCUCUGAAUUUUGAAGAAAUGGUUUUGUUUGUAUAUGCUUUGGCCAGAAAAUAAUGAGCAGCAGAAGUGAGGUGGUGCCCUUUUACUUUCGGCACUUCUUGCAAGCUUUAGAAUGUAUUUCCAUUUUCACUUUAUUUUUUCCUUUUAGACUGGUGAAAGUACGCAUCUUAUGACUACAUCUACAACUUCAGCAUUGCUGAUGAGAUGAUGCCGAAAAAAAGAAGGGAUGAAGCUUUUGAA